CUUUCAAUAAGCAUAGCGGUCAGAUAAAUUUUAAGUUUCAGUCGCCUUAUAACAUUUUGUACCCGUUUUGUCCAAUAGACUCUGUUGUGUGUUCAUUUCUUUAUUUUGGAAACUUGUAUAGAUCCACUUAGAAGAUGGUUUUGUCAACUGUUUUAGUUAUUUUAAUUUCCGCCCACUUUUUGUACCCAAUCUUGGGGAAAUGCCCAGAUGAAUGUCAUUGCUAUCCUUUCAAAUGGGGAGACGCAUCGGUUGGGGUAGAUUGCAAGAGCUCAAAUCUUCAAACUAUACCAACCAAUUUGCCAUGGCGUAUAUCGAAAGCAGACUUCAGCAUGAACAAACUUGGAACAACGCAAGAUUUCAAGAUAGACUUGCCAUUCUCUCCUUCUGUAAAACAACUGGAUUUUUCUGCCAACUUCCUGGAGUCCAAGCACAUCAAAGAUAUCCCCGACUCAGUCGAGAUUUUGGACCUAUCGGCUAAUUCGAUAACCGAUUUUUCGUUGGACGACUUGCCCAGACACAUUCGAGGGCUAAACUUGGCGAAGAAUGGCGCCAAUAUAUUGAAUGGGUGUGGCAGGGGGAAGAAACUUGCGAGCAAGGAGCAAAUAUGGAUGCGUUUUGACUACAACUACAUUCCAAUUAUCAUCGCGGACACUUUCGCCAACUGCGGGGCUUCGUUUGGCUAUCUCGAUUUCUCCAGUAACAAUUUGCACACCAUCGAACCCCACGCCUUCCGUGGAGUAGCGCCUCGCGAAAACGAAUCGCUAGCAAUCGACCUCAGCUACAACCAGUUGGAGACUAUACCCUUCGAGGCGCUGCAGGAUUCCAUCUUCGAGAACUUAGGGUUCAACCAUUUCUCACUGGAUCUGCGGAAAAACCCGAUCGUGUGUUCAUGCAACAUGAGCUGGGUUCCUAUGGCUGCGGAAUAUUACAGGAAAAUUGGGCUUAGAGUCACCAUUCUGGGAAACUGCUUCUCCCCGUUGGAAAAAUCUGGCAUCCUUUUGGAAGAUUUGAACAAACUCGAUUUCAAAUCGUGCAGUCAGUACAACUGGCUCAAGGCCGAGAUGAAAGAGAGGACGGAUCAGCGGGUGAUGCCCUUUUGGCAGGUGUGCAUUGUCGUUCUUGCUCUGCCCGCACUCGUGGCCGCAGUGGUGCUGGCAGUGGGGAUCCGGAUGCACAUGAAGGACUACAGACGCUACAAGGAUUACAUCACGAUCAAAAAGCAGAGGAUGAUGGCACAGAAAAGACGCAGACACUUCCGAGCCAGCGGGGCGAUGGGGGAUGUGUUGCUGAAUUCUUCAAACAAACACUUUUAAACUUUUAAAUCUCGAGAAAGUCGAUAAUAACUUGGAAAUUUUUAAGGGACCUAGCAAAUGCAUUCAUAUCUCGUAAUUGCCCUGCAAUUGUGGGCGCACUUGACUAUACCAAGAUUACCAUUUGAAUGAGGUUUUUUCUCUGAAUUUUUUCUAACUAUCAUUAAAUUCAAACUAUUGAUGGUUAUUUUGAUUUUAACCACCUUCAGCUUGCUUAUGUUUUUCCUACAUCGAUUUCCUAAAUAUUUCAGAGUUUCAAUAAAAUUGUCUCAAAAUCUUCAUAGUUUUUGAUGGAUUAUAAAUGUGUAU